CUCGAUAUGAUUGACCAAAUAUUAAACAACGUCCGUGGAAAUAUGGAAGUACUUUCCGUAAACGAGGAGGAACUACACAACGCUUUCGAUGCCCAUCUUUGUGCUGAAGACUGGGACUCACUGGAGGUCACAACAGCUCUUGAUCAUGAAAUGCCACUUCGACUCGGCAUGAUCAGGCAGAUUCGUCAACUCCUUAAAGACACGUCCAACGAGACGUCAAGCUCGUUGAAGGAGAUUCGUCAACAGUGGAGUCACUUUGAAAAACUCGACAAAUCCACUGAAGAGUUGCUUAUGACCAAGUAUCAAAUCCAAAAGGCUAUCAUCCAACUCCAGAUGUUUGCGGAUGAAAGCCACAACCCAUCGGAUCUCGCGCGGUACUCGGCAUUGGACUACCGCAGCACUCAGCUUCAGAAGAGUAUUCGUACUAAGCUCCAGACUGUCAAUAACCUUAAAGACCAGUUGAUAUCACAGAUGAUGCCUCUCAAGGCCAGAGUGCAAGGAACAGAACUUUCAGUGGAAAAAGUCAAAGAGUUGUUGUUCCAACUCAACGCACUUAUUAGCGACAAAACCACAGUGGUGGACGAGCUUGCCGCCAAACUAGCCAAAACUAAAUUGCAACAGCCUAAGGAGCCGCGGGCUCUUAGUUUGACGGCUGCGAAAGCUCCGUCUGCCAGAUGGCACGUAGGCCAGCAGAUCAACUUGAGGCCCAAGUUCAUCAGCUUGCAGAAACUUGAGUGAAUCCAUUGAAUUGACGACCAAAACAACACAGCACAAAGGGGUACCUGUUAAUUUUACUUUGAAACGCAGCCUCGAUUUAUGUAGUACAGAAACAUUUCGUCUAAUUCGCAUUAUAUCGAUUUGCAAACGUAAAUAAACCGCAUUGA